GAAAUGCAACGCAGCAAUGUGGUUGUGUAUGGAAGCACGGGUGGAUUUGCUUGUUACACGAAGAGGAAGUGGUUUCAAACAGCGUGACUGACUGCAUACACAGAAAGAGAUCUACUUACUCACGGUAGUGUAUUGCAAAACUGGCUGCAUUGUCAUUAGAACAUUUGAAAAAAUGAAGCAUACCAAUUCAAACAGCAUAGAAGAAUGUCUGUACUUGGCAGUGUCCGGUCAGAGUGAAGAGACUGUUCCUCUUCAUACAUCCAUAGCUUUGUUCCUCCUGUCCUACUGCGAGUCCAAGUCUUUUCGAGUUUGCCUGGUUUCUGCCACCUCCCUGGCUGGUGAGGGGCAUUCAUGGAGGCAAUGGCUGCCCGAGGGCAUGGAUUUCAGAAUGAUCUCCAUGCAGGAGUUGCCCCAGGUUAUAAGGAGCUGCCGCCUGCCUGCAGUGGUGGAAGAGGGUGGCAGGUACUGUCGUGCUGGCCUGGCAGUAGUACUGAGACACAUAAUCAAGAGGACUCUUGAGGCAGACCCUUGCAGGAAAGAUGUAGCUGAACUGCUGGGCUUUAAGAAGACCUGCUUAAAGGCCUGUGCUGAAGUGAGUGAGUGGACCAGGCUAUGUGAGCUUAGCAUCCCCUCUGCUGUAGAAGACUUCUGCAGGCAGCCAGAUCAUCAGUCAGAGAUCCCCACUGCACUCCUACACCUAGAGAAGAAACUUAGGGAGCCUGUCAGGGUCCACAAUGAUGAUAAAAUCCGGAGGCAGAAGCUGCAGCAGAAGAAAGACAUGCCAGGGGCAGGACUUCAGGGUGGCUCAGUAGAGCGUAACCCAGAAGAGGGAGCAGCUGAGGAUCUUCAGAGCUCAGAUCAGCUGGAGCUCCAAGCUGCCCUUGCCAAACUCUCUGUGGAGGAGGUACACUCUGCUGCCACCAGGGGGCCACCUCACAUCAGGAAAGUGAAAACCACUGAGCUCCCAUCUCUGGAGCAUGUGUUUGCAGAGGGGCUGUACUUCACUCUCACUGAUGUUGUCCUAUUACCGUGCCUUCAUCAAUUUCUGGUUUCUCUUGGCCAGCAACCAGGCUGGAUGUUGGAGCGACUGCCUCUUCUGCAGCGGUGGUACCUGCAUAUCCAGGAGGUGCCUGGAGUGCGCAGGGCAGCUAGCAGCUGUGGAAUCCACUUCCUCAGCCUCCCAGAGCAAGGGCCUGCCCCCAGUUCGGAACCACAGAACCCGACCAAUCACGAAGAGGAAAAGGCAGUGGCUCCUUUCAUAGGCGGGCCAAGGCCGACUAUGACAAAACUGAAAGACAAUGGCAUUGAGGCUGUUUACUCUCCACAUCCUUGCUCGUCAUGGGCCCUGGACUGGGACAGUCUUCCAGCAGCUGUCAAUCCCACGGAAGGAAAAAUGUCUAACGACCGUGCUUUGCGAAAACGGCAGCAAUUGAACAAUCUUGUUGGUAUGGUGACAAAACUGGCCCAGCCUGGCGAGACUGUGGUGGAUUUCUGCAGCGGAGGGGGGCAUCUUGGAAUUGUUCUUGCUCACACCCUGCCGGCAAUGCAGGUGGUUCUGAUUGAAAACAAAGAGGAGUCUCUGGUCAGAGCUAAGAACAGAUGCGAUGAGCUUGGUUUAAACAACAUCUGGUUCAUUCAAGCAAACUUAGAUUAUUUUACUGGACCAUUCAAAAUUGGGGUCGCACUUCAUGCUUGUGGAGUAGCUACAGAUAUGGUUAUGGAGCACUGCAUCAAGGCACAGGCUGCCUUUGUCAUCAGCCCGUGCUGUUACGGAUUCAUACAAAACACAGUCAAGUUCACUUUCCCCAGAAGCCAGCAGUUCAUGGAUGUUUUGUCUUACAAGGAACACAUGGUCCUGUGCAGGUUUGCAGACCAGACAGAAUUCCAGCUGCCUGCUGACCGGCGGUUAAUAGGUAAGCAAUGCAUGGGCCUGGUGGACUUGGAUCGGGCCCAAGCUGCAGAGAGAAACGGCUACUCCGUCAAGGUAAUGUCCAUGGAGCCAGAGAGCUGCUCCCCAAAGAACAACAUGGUGGUAGGGGUUCCUGCGGACUGUGAACUAAUCUGAAUUGCGUGAAUCCACAUUAAUCUUCACGAUUAAGCUGUGUGGGGCAUUGAAAGCAGACAAGCCUUCAUUCAGCUGCCUCGCAGAUCUCCAAACGUUAUCCCAUCUCCCCAAUGUCUCAGGAAGUGGAAGCAAUAUGAUGUGCCUUCAUAACCUGCUGAGCGUCACUAAUCCAAAUGUAACUGUUGUCAAAUGGCUCUUGCUCCCACCUUCCUGGGAAAUCAACAAGUUCUAAUUAUCCUACCUUUGGAACGGCAUCCUCAAGCACAAUGUGGUGUCAGGACUGUACAGCUGGUUUCCUGCUGAGCCUAGCAGUCUGUGUAUUGUAACAUCUGGAGGUUUUUGCCCACAGGGAGUUUACUGAAGAGUCUAAGGUUUUAACUUUGCAUGUAAAUAAAUGAAUAGGUGUUCCAGACAAGUUUCUUUUAAAGGUGUCAUUUUUCCUUUUGGCAUUUUACUGGAAAAGGGGAUAUUGUGGUUGUUUUUGGGGAGGAAAGAUAUGUUUCGUUUCGCAACAUGACAAUUACUAUAUUGAAUGAACUGAUGAACUUAAUGUCCUGUAUCAUGCUGACAAAUAUUUAUAUCAGUAUAAAUUAUCUUUGUCAAGAAAAUAUUUCACAUGUGCAAAAUGUACAAAUAAAUAUGGACUUUUACUGUAUUUUAAAUAUUUUCAUCAUGCAGUCGUUGGAUGUGUGUGCCUCAUAUUCAAAUUUCAAGGAUUAAAAAAAAGAGAAUGUUACAAGUGCAUGACCAAUAGUUAUUAAAUAUAUAAUAAUAAUAAUAAUUAAAAUAAUAAUUUAGAUAUACUGUACAUUAACUUGAUUUUUAGUGUUGUCACACAAGUAUUGCCCAUUGCAACAGACAGAAACAUCUAUAGUGCAAGACAUUAAAAAACAACACCAAUUAAACAUAUAUUUAUGUAUAAAUCAUGUUAGAAAGAUUAUUUUUGUAAUUGUUACAAAUAUGUUACAACUUUAGAUUAUAAAUGGUGGCCAACUGAAAUAAAAUGUACUUGCCAGCAUUGUGUUUACACCAAAGCCAGACUUUGCAGUAUUUUGAGAUACAAGAUUAAUAACAUUGUGAUCUAAAGUUAAUGUUAUUAACACUAUGUGAGUGGUAUUUGUAACAAUUCACAGGGCAUAUAAUUACCACUUGUAAGAAGCAGCUAGGUCAUUUUAGGAAUAGAUUUUUAAACCAUGCAGCUAGCUUUGGAAGAACGUUUUUCUCACCUUAUUGUUUACUGUACCAAAUAAAUGUAACAUGUUUACUGGA